AUGAUACUUGAAUCAGGAGAGAGGGAAGGGAAGCCUAAAGAGCUAUGUUCCCUUCCCAGAGACCUCCUUGCCUGCACUGUAAGGCUCUUCGCUGAGGUGGCUGACAGAGGGGUUGACCAGAAUAAGGAACUAAACUUCUCCAUCUGUGAAGAUUUUGAGAGUGGAGGAGAGAUGGCAGCACAAGGCACUGGAGAGGCCCACAGCCCAGCGUCUGAGCGGGAUAAGGAUGAGGAGAUGGAGGAUCCCAAGUCUUCCCCCAGAGAUGAACAUUAUCCUUCUCCGACCAGAGACAUGGAAAGACCAGGUCCCUCUCUGUGGGCUUCACCCCUUCCCAAAUGUCCAGAUACACCAAGACCACCCAGGAAGAGCAAGCCACCAGUUGCUGACAACCUCUCCACGCCCAAAAAUCCACUUGAGAUGACUUCGAAAGGAAAACUCUCUGCCCAAAGCGCUAAACGUCCGAGACUCUCACUUUCUCCCUUCAUGGAUGAGAAGACCUCUUUGUCUCUGGUUAAUAUCAACCCAUUCACUCCAGAGUCCUAUAGAAAAUCAGUCUUUCGAUCAAGUGAGAAGAGGAAAACCAGAGGCUACCAUGAGGAAACUGAAGAAGGGGAAAGCAAAUCAGAGCAGGUGCUGCCUACUAAGAGUAUUCUACAAGAAACUGAUAUGGCUUCCCGAUAUGAAAAAGAAUUUUUGGAGGUAGAAAAAAUUGGGGUUGGGGAAUUUGGUACAGUCUACAAGUGCAUUAAGAGGCUGGAUGGAUGCCUUUAUGCAAUAAAGCGUUCUUCAAAACCAUUCUCAGGAUCAUCAAAUGAUAUGAAUUUGCGUGAAGUUUAUGCUCAUGCAGUGCUUGGCCAUCACCCCCAUGUGGUACGCUACUAUUCUUCAUGGACAGAAGACGAUCACGUGGUCAUUCAGAAUGAAUAUUGUAAUGGGGGCAGCCUGCAAUCUGUGAUAUCCGAAAACGCCAAGUCUGGUAGCCACUUCCACGAGGCCAAACUCAAAGACCUCCUCCUGCAGGUUUCCUUGGGACUCAAGUACAUCCACAGUUUUGGCAUGGUGCACCUGGACAUCAAACCCAGUAACAUCUUCGUUUGUAAUAAGUCUCAGAGUGACUGUCCUGUAGGUCCAGAAGAGACUGAAAGUGAGGCUGACUGGUUUCUCUCUGCCAGUGUGAUGUAUAAAAUUGGUGACCUGGGCCAUGUGACAUCAAUCAGCAACCCGAAAGUGGAAGAAGGAGAUAUUCGCUUCCUGGCUAAGGAGAUCUUACAAGAGAAUUAUCAACACCUUCCCAAAGCAGACAUAUUUGCCUUGGGGUUAACAAUUGCAAUGGCUGCAGGAGCAGAGUCAUUAUCCAGUAACGGUGACACGUGGCAUCAUAUCCGCAAGGGGAACUUUCCAGACGUUGCCCAGGAGCUCUCAGAUGACUUUUAUGGUCUCCUCAAGAGCAUGAUCCACCCUGAUCCAGAGCAGAGACCUUCUGCAGCAGCUCUGACCAGAAGUCAAAUUCUCUGGCCCUUCCCAGAAAAGACAGAUGAACUCGAGAAGCAACUCAACUUGGAGAAGUCCAAGGUAGCCAUGCUGGAAAGGGAACUGAAAAAAGUUCAGCAAUCUCAGAGAGACAGCCAGCAUGGGGACCCUGCGAUCUCUGGGCCCAUGAAGACUCAAAAAGCACAAGACAUCUGA